AUGUCGGCGACUGAGGUUGAACUGCGCAAGUCUUAUCUGCGCGAAGCCCGCGACUGUCUCACGCAAGCCUAUGUCGCCCCGAGGCUUGUGGCCCAGGCGGUGAUGCGAUUGUCCAAGAGCGCCAUCACCCGGCCGGUGGUGCUGGACGCCGGCUGCGGCACCGGGCUGGUGGGACAGGCUCUUGCGACAGCGGGGGGCGCCGCCUCCUCCUCCAUAUCCUCCAUCGCCGCCAUCGAUGGGAUUGACUUCUCGCCUGCCAUGCUCGCCAUGGCCAGGAAGACCGGAGUCUACCGCAACCUGAUCCGUGGCGAUCUCACGGCUCGGAUCCUUGCGGUGGAGGUGGUUGAAGCGUUGGCCGCCGAGGGCCAGGUGGCUGUGGUCUUCCGGGAGCUGAUCGACUAA